AUGGCUGCUUCAUCUUGUUCUUCCUCCCUUGCUCCUCUUGUCCUCCUCAUAGUCCUCUCCUCUCUAUCACUGAGUGUGGAGUCCCGACCCUCGCCCCAAACAUCACCUCGGAAACAUGACAUACAGGUAAGUGUGGUGCCUUAAUCAUCACCACCUUCAUCAUCACCGUCUUCAUAAAGAGGAACUCUGUGACGCUUUGUGAAGACGGACCCAGGGAAUAUGUAACAGAGUUUGUUUAACUUAUUUCUGUCCCCAUUUGGGGUUUUUUAACCAAACAACACAAAAAGGGAAACCUUUAAAAGAGCUGAGAGGGGAGGAGAAGAGAGAGAGAAGAGAGGGGAGGAGAGAGAGGGGGAGGAAAAAGAAAAAGGGAAGAGAUAAAAGGAGAACGCUUCCCCGGGGCGCCGCCCCUCGGCCCAAUUUUUCCCCCCCUUUUCGGAACCCCCCCCCUUGCUCCUCCCCCCGCGAGCGUUUGCGGCUCCGCACUUUCCCCCCCCCCUCCCCGCCCUUUUUUCCCGCCCCCCCCUCGCCUUUUUCUCUCCCCUCCCUUUUGCCCCCCCCUCUCUCUCGGCGCCCCGGGGCGGCGCGCGCGGGGCGCGCGCGCGGGCCGAGGCGGGGCGUUUGGGGGGUGGGGGGGUCGGCGGCGGGGCCCCGGGGGACCCGCGCGCAAAUUCUCCCCGCUCCUUUCUCGCUCCUUCUCUCCCGCCGGGUCUUAAUCUACUCUUCCCGCUUCCACAUUUAAAAAUUUCUCUCUCUCUUCCUUUUCCCCUUCCCCGGAACAGUGUCCUACUUUAGUCCCUUUAAAAAAUCCUUCCAAAAACCCUUCCCCAAUUUAAAGUAAAAAACCCAGUAAACUACUACUUAGUUAAAUUUUUUAAAAAAAAUUUGGGUUUUUAAAAACUUUAAGGGAUCAAAAAUCCCUGUUAAUAAAAAAAUUUUAAAUAUCAAAAGUCAAAAUUAAAUAAUUUUAAAUUUCCCUUUUAAAUUUAAACAAACAGACGGCAACCAUUUACUUUUUUUUUUUUAUUUUAAAAAGGGUAGCCGGGACACACUCCAACACUCCCCCAUCAUUUACAAACGAAGGGAUUGUUUAUUAGUCCAAACAAGGCCUUUUGGGUUACCAGGAUGUUCUCUUGUAAUUUUUGUUUAAUUUGGGCCCUUUUUCGUCCUCAACCCUUUUGAAAUGUAACGAACUUUUGGGGGUCCGGGGAAAAUUAUUUGGGGUAAAAUUUCAUUUUUUUUUCUUUAGGGUGUAUUUAAAUAAAAGUAAAAGUUUUUCCCAAAAAAUAAAUAUAAAUAAAGUAAAGAUCCCCAAAAAAUCCCUUAAAUAUUUUUUAAAUAAAUUUUUUUUAAAUACUUUACCCACUGUUUUAUUAUCAUAUUAUCCUGAACCCAAAAAAAUAAAAAGCAACAUGCAACCAAAUUUCCCAAAAAUUUUUUCGAUUACCGUUCUUAAGGAACCAUCAAUUGAAAUGAAUUUCUUUUACACCCUGGGGGAUUUUCCCCUACUGGGAAAACGAUAUUGGGCCCGCUAGCACAAAAAUACCCUUUUUGAAAAGGGUCAGAAAAACCCGUAACUGGUGUGACCCCAUUUGCCUCAUCAGCGCCAAAAACUUCUCCUUCCCCAUAGAGUUUAUCAGGAUGGUUUUUUGUUUGGGCCCGCAGAAUGUUUUUCCCCCCCACAUCGAUCCAAGAACCCAAAAAUAUCCCUGGGUUUACUGUCUUGGGGAGUUGCAGGCCCCGGGUGAACCCGGGCUUUCAGCUUCCCGAUUGGGGUACAAUCCUUUCGGUAAGGGGGCCCUCGUUUCAUCUAAACAUGAGGUGAUGGGAGCAAUGAAUGGCCCCGACUAUGGGCCCGGAAUCGUCACGGUAUCGCUGUGCAUUUAAAUUACCCCCCCUAAAAGCAAUUGUGUUCGUUGUCCCCUGCUUAUGCCUUCCCCUGCCUGCCUGCCUGGGCCCCCCUGCCUGCCUCCUGCCUGCCUGCCCCCGCCUGCCUGCCCGCCUGCCGGGCCCCCUGCCCUAAACCUAACCCCCCCCACCCCCCAGGGGGGACUCCCGUUUCCAAAACGUUACAUCACCAAACCCCUCGCCCACACGAUGCCAUCCCGUUUUCCGGGGGGUUUUGACGCCAACGUCAAAUUCUCUAAAAAGACAUUGGGGGGCGGGUUAUGGUAGAGAAAUUAAAAAUUUAAUUCUUUGGGAAAAGCUCUGGUGGGCCUUCCUGCUCACAUGCCAACCCAUUCUUCCUCAAAAUUAAGACAAAUUUUGUGACAUUUUUGUUGUGUACAAAAAAUGCACAUUUUAGAGUGGGGCCUUUUUUUGUCUCCAGCACAAAAGGGGCCCCUGUGUAAUGACAAAGCUGUUUAAAAUCACUUCUUGAUUGCCCAGCUGUCAAUGGAUUAAACUUGGGAAAGGGAAAGCUCACUAACAGAGAGAAUAAGCUUUUUGGCAUAAGGAAAAUUUUUCUAGGUCUUUUAAUUUUUUUUUUAAAAAUCAUGAACCCCAAAGGGGGAAACCCAAAUCUUUUCAUAGUGUUUUUAUUUUUUUUUUUUCAUUUUACUAAAAAAAAAAAAAAAAAAACUGUUUUUAAAAAAUUUAACUUAUAAUGAAUUUAGAAAAUUUUUUCCCUAAGAAAAAGUGUGAUUUAAACAAACAACCUAUCCUGCCAGUGUUUAUACAAAACCCCCAAAAUGGACAUUACCAUUGAUAAUACCCAAUUGUUUCAGUUUUCCCCCCGCUCGUGCAAAAGACCUUGGCCCUUUUUUUCCAAUUGGGGGAAAAAAAGCCCCCCCCAAUUUUUAAACCCUAACAGUGGGGGGAAAAAAAAUUUUUUCCCCGCCACCAAUUUUUUGGGUUCCUUUCUCCCCUUAAAAAAGAGAGGGCCCGUAAUUUUCAUCAUGGUCAACGGGAACAUGACCGAAAAAAAUAGAAAAAAAUUUCCCAAAAAACACAUUGGAGGAUUUUUUAUGAAUUUUUUUUUGGCAAAGGGUGGGUUUGGGAAAAAAAGUAUUUGGUCGAUAACAAAAAAUUUCCUUUUUCAAUACUUUGUUAUAUCCCCCCUUUGGGGGCAUGACCCGUCAAAAAAUUUUUUUGUAAAUCUUUUACAAGGUUUUUCCCCCAAAACUGGUUUUCUUGUUUUUGGCCCAUUCCCCCUCGAUCCCUCUAGGCAUUUUGUUUUGGGGCUGGGGCUGGGCAACACGACUUUUUAACUUUCCCCUCCCAAAAAUUUUUCCCAUGGGGGUUUGGGCUUGGAGCUUUCCCACCCCCUCCAGGCCCCUUUAAAUCUUCUUACGAACCCCUCCCCUUUGUUGCCCGGGCGGGUGUUUGGGAUCAUUUUUCCCUGCGGGAAAAACCCCCAGGGCCCCCCUUUAAACUUCAAAUGCCCUUUUCUGAAGGGGAAAGGGGGUUUUUAAUCAAAUCUCAAAGAUACCUUGGGGCCCCCUUUUAUUCUUUUCUUUAAUUUGGUCAUUUGUCCCGGGCCCCUUUGGGGAAAAAAAAAACCCCCCAAAACCCUGAUGUUUCCAACCCCCCUGCUUCACGUAGGUUUUGGUGUUUUUUGGAUCCAAAUCAGCAUUCCUUUUUCCUCCCCAAAACCCAAAAUUUUUAGGUUUUUUUUUUCCAAAAAAUUAUUUUGGUUUCCCCCUCUCCCCAAUGCAUUCCCCCCCAAACCCUUCUGGAUCAUCCAAAAACACUCUAAACAAACCUUUAGAAAAGGGGGGCCGGACUUGGGGACUGGCUUAAACAGGGGCCCCGUCUCCCCACUGCAGGAUUUUAGUCCCCCGGGGGCUUUUUGGUUCCUUUAUUUGGGAGGGUUUGUUUACUUUUGGCCCCCCGCUCCCUUCCCGCUCUCAUUAUUUUCCCGGGCCCCCCUUGGUUUUUUCCCCCCCCUUUUUUUCUGGGAUUUUUUGCCUCACCCCUUUUUUGUGAUUCCCUUUUGGCCAAAAUUUUGGGCCCCCAAAGGGGGGGUUUUUUUUUGGCUUGGUUUUUUUUGGGCCCGGCGGCCCCCGCCCCCCCUUUUUUUGGGCGUUAUCCCCCUUCAAUUUUCCCCUUUCCUUUUAAUUUUCUUAAUUUUCCUUUUUGCUCCCCCAGUUUUUUUUUUUUCCAAAAACCCAAUCUUCCCCUUCCCCCAUUGCAGAUUCCCGUCUUCCCAGCCUGGUUGGGAGGUCUACCUUUUUUUUUUCUGGUGUCCCUUUUACAGCCCCUUUGGGCUUUUCCCAGUGGGUUUGGGGGUUUGAAAGGUUUUGGGAAAAAAUUGUGGGCCCGGUGGGCUUUUUAAUAAAUGAAAAACAAGUUUCCCAAAAGGUGCCAUUAAAAACAGGUAAUGGUUUUGGGGACGGGCCUUCCCCAUUUUUUUUCUGGGCAUGUUUUCCUUUUAAACCCUUUUGGGAAAAUUUUUAAAUCCUCACAAAAAUUGGGAAAAAAUUUUAAAGGUUCGCCUCUUUUUUUCCCCCCUUUUUAAAAAAACAAAAAGGGGGUUUAAAACUUGCAAAAAAAUUGGGAAAACAAAUUUUUUUCCCCAAAUUAAAUUGGGCCAAAAAAUUUCCCUUUAAAACCGGGUUUUAAAAACAUUCAAAAAACCCAAAAAAAAACAAAAAACUUUUGACCUAAAUAAUAUUCAAAUUUAAAAAAGGAAACUACCAAUAAACCAACCAUUAAAAAAAAAACCCCCUUUUUAACCCAAAUUUUUUCUGGAGAGGAAAGCCCAAAAAACCCCCUCCCCCAAACCACUUCCCCCCCCUUUUUAAAAGGCCCUUUAUUGGGGGGCCUUUUCAAUGCAAAAGAACAGUGUGGUUUUCCCCCUGGCCCCCUGGUCCCCCCCUGCAGGGGAGUUUUUGAUCAUCACAACCUAUCACCUGCACAUUAAGAGCCUUUUCUGUUCACAUAGUUGAACUCGUUUUGGGAUGGUGAUUUUAUGGCCACGUGGGUGCCGUCUGUUGCUCUGUUCGUAUUCAGGAACCCAAUGAUGGUAUCAUGGCAAAGAAACCCCUCUUGACUUCAACCUGUUGUGCGAUGGUGUAUGGAAAUUGUAUGUAACUGUUUGUUUUGCUGAUGAUUGCAUCCAAAACAUCAACUCAUUGAGGGCUGUGAGACGCCGGUAGUCAAGCUCCCGCUGAAAAGUGCCCGUUGCCAAAAACCCGAGGGUGGAUAGCACGUUGAUGUGCACCUGAAUGUCAUGGGUUUGCCUUUAAAGUAGGUCUCAAAUCCUCACAAAGUCCUACAAUGGAAAUUAUACUGGAUCUCAUGGGUCAGUCUGUACGUUCUGCAAGAAAGUCCCACCUGUCUCUAAAAACACGCUCUCGUGCCAAAUCUUCCAACAGAGCAAGAUCAGCCAUCUCUCAUUGGAUUUCCCAUUAUCUCAGUCUUUUAUAGUAUUUACACAAUGGUUUACCUUUCACACCUCUGAUUUAACAAAUUACUGUAAUUUAUAUGGAUUAUUAUCGUGACAAAUGCACUGAUGUAGUCAAAUUAUAUGAUAAAGCCUGUCAAGAUAUGUUGCAUGAAUUCACAAUGGAAAUAGAAAAAUGUUGCCCUCAGAACAGCCUCAAUUCGUCGGGGCAUGUCAAAAGCGUUCCACAGGGAUGCUGGCCCAUGUUGAUACACACAGGAAACUGUUGAGCUUUAAAAACCCAGCAGCGUUGCAGUGCUUGACACACUCAAACCGGUGCGCCUGGCUUCCAUGUUUCAGACACAGAGAGAAGUGUUGUUUUGGACUGGGUGUAGCAUAAACAUUGAAAUCUCUCCCCUUCCCCCUGUUUUCCUCCCUCCCCCCUCCCCAUUUCCUUUCCCCCCCUUCUCUUCUCUCCUCGUUUACCUUCCUCCCCCGCUCUCAACGAUCAUCGGAUUACAUCCACUGCACUUUCUCCUCUCUCAUAACCGUCCCAGUUCUCUCCUCUUAAACUAUGUUCCCUCCCUCUUCGUCGGCGUCAACUUCCCGCUCGGCCCAAUACCCCAGAACUUUCUAAAAACCCCCCCAGCGGCGUGCUGACAUAAACCGUCCGCCUGCUCCUCUCUCCCCCCGACGGCCGCUCUCUCUGCUCGGCUCAUCUGGCUCGUCCUCGUCCCCCACUCCACCUCCCGGACCCCUCUCGUCCCGGCUCAUCACCCCCUGCCUUCCCCCCUUCCUCUCUUCAUGAAAUCCCACUCUCUCCCCCCAGUCCACCAAACCCAAAACGCGCUCUAAUCCCCUCCUCCUCUUCUCCGCCCCCACCGCCUCGCCUCCCUCUCCUUUCUCGUCCUCUCCUCCGCCCCUUCCUCUCUCUCCCCCCUCCUGCCCCCUCCUCUCUUCUCUCCGGUUCCACCCUCCCCAUCCCUCUCUCGUCUCUCCUCCCCCCUCCUCUCUCUCUCUCCUCUCCCCCUCCAGGUACUAGAUAAUCUCUUCAGCGCUCAACUCCGCUCUCUGAUCCUCAACCAACCAGACGUCACCUUUGAAGGUUCCACUUCUGACCCUGCUCCUUCCUACCACCAUCCCUCCCAGGGAUUGGCUGGUCGCAGCAUGGGGGCGGGCCAGGGGGCGGGGCCUGUGGUCCCCAGGUUGUUCCUAGACUUUCUGCGCCAACAGAGGAUGUUCCGUGGGCGGAGCAGGAAGAGCGCCACCGCCAGGGGAUGCUUCGGCAUGAAGGUGGACCGCAUCGGAUCUAUCAGCGGCCUGGGAUGCUGA